AUGGGUGACAACUCCUGUAGCGGCUCAACGCCGUUCAAGAGCCUCGUCGACCACGGCGGCCAAGACCGUAGCCUCCACCAGGAUCGCUUUUCCACCACAUUUGCUAGUCAACAUGUCUUUAGGUCUAGUGGCUCAAUGUCCUCGCCUCAAGCACAGCAUGGCUUUGGCGCAUUUUUAACCACGAAUGCGCCAAGCUCUCACGCACAGCCAAUAUCUAGUCCUUCCAUAGCACCGCAUCUCGUAAAUCACUAUGACGGACGCCUUUCGAUGAACAACCCGGCUUCUACUUCCAAUACUGUAUCCUCUGUGGACGAAAGCGUGGCCCGCCGCCAAUACCACAUACCAAAUGCACCCCCAGAAGCGACAGGUUGGGCUCAGGACUUUGCAAGGUUCUCCCAAAACACUCCAGCCUCAAGCAGCUCGGCGCUCAUUCGUUCAACCACACAAAAUAGCUCACUUCGCUCAGCAGAUUUCGCGACAAACAUGAGGGCAUUUCCUUCAAGGCCGUCUUUCUUUAGGCCUGUCGGAGGUCCUGGGGCGCUCGCGGAAUAUGGGCCUACGAGCCAUGGCGCUGACGCUGUCCAGGCUGAUUUUGACCUCGAAAUGGACAGGUGGAUGGCUGCUCACGGGCACAGCCGAUUAGAAGAUGUUGACGCCAUCAUGGAGGAGCUCGCGCGGCAGAUGGAACAAGAAGAAAUAACGGCUACCCAAAACGACGACAGAACCCUUGGCAUCAGUCUUCGCGGUGAAGAACUCAUGCCAGCCACCGUGGAUGGUGAGAAAUCCGUAGAGCAGGAAGACCACUCGAUCCGGGCUUCCUCUGGCAUAUCCCAACCCAACCAGCCUCCCGAUGUGUCGCGACUGGGCCUCGAUGACAUGGCCGAUGCAACGUCAGCCGAUCUUGCUAGCCGGGGGCAAUCAGAAAUUUCCGAGGCCGCACGACAAAUUUUGGAAUCGGUUCAACACGAGCAAGGUGACAAGUGGAAAAAUUCGAGGUUCCUGCUACUGAUGAGGGACUUCCGAGAUGGUAAUAAGGACAUCAUCAACAACGAAAUACUAGAAACGCACGCCGACGACGGUCACUUGUUGGAAAAGGUCAAAGUGACCGAGGCAUGA